AUGGCCGAGCGCAAGAAACUCAUCAUCGACACGGACCCAGGCAUCGAUGACGCCAUGGCGAUUUUCCUGGCUCUGCAGUCGCCGGAAGUUGACGUCAUCGGACUCACCACCAUUUACGGCAAUGUGUACACCACCCUCGCCACCAGAAAUGCUUUGCACCUCUUGGAGAUUGCCGGGAGAACUGAUAUUCCUGUGGCUGAAGGAUCUCAUGUUACCAUCACUAAUGGUACAAAGCUUCGAAUUGCGGAUUUUGUCCAUGGGACGGAUGGACUGGGAAAUCAAAACUUUCCUCCACCCAAAGGGAAGCCAAUUGAGCAGUCAGCUUCUGACUUUCUUGUCCAGCAAGCUAGUCUUUAUCCCGGGAAGGUCACUGUAGUUGCCUUGGGUCCUCUAACAAAUAUUGCACUUGCCAUACAGUCGGAUCCUUCUUUCGUAAAGAAUGUUGGGCAAAUUAUUCUUCUUGGUGGUGCAUUUUCAGUAAAUGGAAAUGUAAAUCCGGCAGCUGAAGCAAAUAUUUUUGGAGAUCCUGAUGCAGCAGACCUUGUUUUCACAAGUGGAGCUGAUAUUCUGGCCAUAGGAAUAAAUGUCACCCAUCAAGUUGUUUUAACUGACGCCAAUCGAAGCAAAUUGGCAGAAUCGACUGGAAAAUUCGCCGAAUACAUAUGCAAAAUUUUAGAUGUGUACUUCUCUUAUCAUCAUGAUGCCUACAGCACAAAAGGUGUCUAUCUUCACGACCCAACGACUCUACUUGCUGCUGUGGAUCCUUCACUCGUAACCUGUGUUGAAGGUGUUGUUCGUGUUCAGACAGUUGGGAUCACGAGAGGUCUAACAUUGUUCUAUAACAAACAGAAAAGGAGGAAAAUUAAUGUCACCGUCUUCUCCAAAAGCAUCGUUCCAGUACAAAGCGUCGUCGGCAAAUUCAUCAUAAAAAUUGGCAGCCCCACGCCGACCAUUUUGCUGCCAUCCUCGAUCAUCAUCCCCGUCGGCAGCCCCUCACCGGAACGCGCAAUCGCCGCCUCGCAGACCGUCGCGACCUAG